AUGGAGGAUCAAGAAGCAGUUGACAGUCAGAAAAAUGAAAAAUUAACUACUAGUGCUAGCAGUAAAACUAUAACAAAUGAGAAUGGAGAUAGCGAGAAAAGCAGUGAUGCUGAUGUAACUGUACCUUCCGAUAACGUUACAGAUCUGAAAGAAAUGGUAGCUGACAACAGUUCUAAUACGGAUGUUCAGCAGAAGAUUAUUGAACAGGUUGAAUAUUAUUUUGGCGAUAUCAAUUUACCUCGAGAUCGAUUUCUACAGGAAGAAAUCAAGAAAGAUGACGGGUGGGUCCAGCUUACAACAAUGCUAAAAUUUAAACGCUUGGCACAGAUUUCUUCCGAUCCCAAAAUAAUCGGAGAGUCUUUGAAGCUUUCUAAGCUGAUACAGGUAUCUGAAGAUGGUAGUAAAAUACGACGUAAUCCUGAAGCACCAUUACCAGAAAAUUCGCUCGAAUAUUGGCAAGUUGUGAAACGGCGUACUGUAUAUAUUAAAGGCUUCGGGCGAGACACAAAAUUGGAUGACAUUUUAAAUUUCGUUAAGCAAUUUGGUAGUGUUGAAAAUGUAAUGAUGCGACGUGAAAAAUCAGAAAAGAGAGCUUUCAAAGGCUCAGUGUUCGUCACUUAUAAAAAUCAAGAGAUAGCAGAAGCUUUUGUUAACAGCGAUACGAAACAGUUCAAUGGCAAUGAACUAUUGAAAAUGAUGCAGAAUGAUUACUGGGCGAAUAAGCAAAAGGAGCUGAAAGAAAAACGACUUGCUGCUCGUGCUGCUAAACAAGCUAAAAAGAAGGCUGUCGAAGCAGAGACCAAAAAAAAUCUGGAGAUGGUACAUUUUGUCAGAGGACUGGUGCUAUCAGUGGAGAAUAUUCCAAAAGAGGACUGCGAUCUCGCAAAACUUAAAGAUUUUUUCAAACAGUUCGGCGAUGUUCAGUAUGUUGUAUACGAAAAGGGAGAUGAAAAGGCUCAAAUUCGUUUUGGUGGUGAAGAAAACGGUGCUGCUAUUGCUUGGAAGGUAGCAACAGAAAAAGGAGAAGAUGGAAAAGUUAUGUUUGGUGGGAAUGAGCUUAAGGGAACUGUGCUUGAGGGUGAGGAAGAAGAAGAAUACUGGAAUAACUUCAGCAAAAAGAAAGCUGAUAAGCAAGCACGGAUAGCAAAAAAUCGACGAGGAACUAAGGUUCGAGGUCGUGGUCGAGGGCGAAAUGGUCCACGGAAUGGUGUGACACGAGGCGAAAAGAGAUCAGCUGAGGAAGCUGAUAACACACCUGAGAAGAAAUUGAGAAAAACAAUAUCUGAAAAUGAAGAGCAAAAGAAAGCUACCAAAACAGUAUUUGCAGAUUCGGAUUAA